AUGCUCGGUCAACUCAGAGCUAACUUUCGAGCCCUGUGUGUCUCGAUACUUCUUGCGCCUGCCGUACUAGGUGCUUCUUGGAUUGUCCCCGGUGCUGUCUGGACCGACACAUCUGGUAACAAAAUUGAUGCCCACGGCGGACAGAUCUUGCAGGAGGGAACUACCUUCUACUGGGUUGGGUCUGCCUAUGCGAGCAACGAGGUUCCCAACAUCUACUCCUCGACGGAUCUUCUCAACUGGACAUUUCAAGGUCCCGCUAGCACGGCUGUAGAGUUCAUGUAUAGGCCUAAGUUGUUUACUUCCGGCGGUAAAUUUUAUAUCUGGGGCCAGGUCAACAGAUUGGUCCAAGCGCUGGAAUCGUCUUCGAUAAACACUGGCUACUCCGUCUAUGGCUCGGCAUUCAGUCUUCCUCCCGACGCACGAACCUACAGUGAUGAAGGAAUCUUCGUUGACACCACCGGUGAAGCCUACAUCCUCACUAGCGCAGACUCUAACAACUUGCAAAUCAACGAGAUUAAUGGAGGAUCAUCAGUGUCCAUUGGCACCCGUGUUGAUAAUGGGAAUCUGAUAUAUCUGACAGAGGGCGCGUACGAGGCCCCUGGUUUGAUGAAAUCCACUGGAGGAAUCUACUAUCUAGUCAUGUCCACGAAGACAGGCUAUACCGCAAACGCCAACCAAUUCUGGUGGUCGACCAACAUUGCUGGUCCUUGGAACGGACCCAGCGGAAUCGCCCCUUCGUCUUCCAACACCUACGACUCUCAGAACACUUUUGAGCUCAAGAUUUCUGGAAGCCAGCAAACGACGUACAUAUACAUGGGUGACGCUUGGGAUUCUGAAGGGACUGCCGCCAGCAAUUAUGAAUGGCUUCCCAUAUCCGUUGACGACAGCGCUCAUACGAUCACACUGGAAGAUUACGCAUUUUGGAAGGUCGAUGUUAGCACCGGUGUUAUUACUACGUCAACAACUGGAAAGCGAUACAAUGCUGCGGACGCUUUCAACGAUUUAGUCUCAAGCAGAUACCUCGUAGUCGAAGAUUCCUGCGUAGCGUGCGAGCGUUCUGUACACAACAUCGACUCUCAGAGCAAUGUUACAAUUCACAACAUUGAAGGCACGGGUGAGCCCCAAUGGGUUUCCAUCCACUACACAGUCAGCGACCCCACUGCCGGCGAUGCUUAUGUCUGGCUGAAUGGCGAAAAAAUCAAGAUCGCCGACAAAAACUCUCGUGCAGGAAAGUUUGCGACGGUCCCUAUCAACCUGACACUCAAGAAGGGCAACAACAAUGUACUUACAUUUGGAUGCCACGCUCAUGCAGAAAAUUCUGACUUUGUGGCUCAUCUGGAAGGAAUUGAAGUCGUGGAUGAUUGAAUCGUAUUUCGAUAUUGUUAUAUUAGUGACAAGACUCCAGACGAGUAAGAAUGUGGCCGUACACCUCAUAUAUCUAAAUUCAAGGGUAUCUUUGGGUAACGUUUGCAGUAAUGAAAAAGGUGGAAUAAGGCGAUUGUUCGUUGCUAUCAUUAUGGUUGCUACAUGUAGGGAAUAAAAUGGCUGAACAGCAACAAACGUUCAUGACAUCGCAGCGCAAUCGCUUGUCAAGCUCAAGAUUUUUGGGACCACAAACACGAUCGAUAACAGUACAAGGCAAUGAAUUUCAAUGCGGGCCGUUAAACACAAGUUAUGAUAAUGUUAUCUUCUUUCCCUUUCUUUACUUGACAACCUACAGCUUACACAGUUCCACUCGCAGCGAUGGCAACGGAAGCACUCGGCUUUCCAGAUGGAGAGCCCAAUGCUUCGAUCUGCUUAACUAAGUCCAUUCCCUCAACGACCUCGCCUAC